AUGAACCCCGUAAUCCCAUCCCCAUACACAAUCCAACCCUCCGCCCUAGCCAGGCUUUCCCUUCGCGACAAACUCCUCCUCGCCCAAGCCGUCCAUGAAAUCGGCACCUCCCCACCCGACUGGGGUCGAGUUUCCGCUCUUCUCCUCUCCCACCCUCUCAUCCGUCAGCAAUCUCGACUAGAACAAGCCAACGUUGCCGGACUCACCUUGGGCCGAAUCUUCGGUACUCGAGAAUGCGAACGUGCAUGGACCGCCCUAAUGCGUCAACGAGGUCUUGUCCUCGGCAAAGACGAACUUCCACCCGAACCUGCCCCCACCACUCCCACCACUCCCACCACUCCGAAACCAAAAGAACCGAGAGGGCUGCAACCGCGGACAGAUCGACGCUCACAACUCGCUCUAGCUCAGUUAUUGUAUGCUGAACGAAUGGAGGAGCUCAAAGAGCAGAUACGGGAGAAAGAGGAGCAGUUUAAGAGCUUAGUAAAGGAGAUAGAUGAGAUUAAGAGCGGUAAAGCGGAUGCGAGAUUGGAGAUGGAAUUGAGGAUGGAGAUGGAGAAUCUCGCGAAUGGACCUCCUUUGCCGCCUUCUACGCCGGGUAGUGCAGGGCAGUCGGUGGUGAUGACUCCCGGAUCGAAUGCUUCGACUACGCCGAAGAGUGCGAAGGGUAAAGGGGGUAGGGUGAGGGGGGAGAGUCUGGUUGGUACCCCGGAUAGUGCGAAGAAGGUAACUGUGGCGAUGGGGGCUGGGGUGGGGAAGAAGGGGGAGAGGAGAGGGAGUCUGGAUGAUACACCUUCGAAGGUUCCAGUUGGUGCAGCGCCUGCGUUGCCGAGUGCGCCAAGUAUUUCUUUGCCGCUGCCGAAUAAGUCUCUAGCAACAGCACCAGAUGCAAGCACUGCGGAUCGAGGGGAGAUGACAACCGAAGAAGCAGAACAAGCUGUAGCAACAGCUGCUACCGAAGCUGCGGUCAAGGCUUUGCAAGAUGACAAGGCGGCGACGAGUGCUUUGCAGACAGAAGUGGAUAAGGUAGCGGAGAAGGUUGUUGAGACAGAGACGAAUUUGGAGCUCAGCGCUCAGGCUGAAGGUGAUGCCAAUGCGACAGGGACACAGCAGCCGACGGUCACAGCAACAACAGCGGUUGAAGAAGCUACACCAGCGAAACCAACACAGGAGGAAGCAGUGGAGAAGACAAAGGAGAAUGAAGCGCCACCUGCAGAUGUCGUGGUUAAGGAUCAGACGGAUAAGCCUGCGGAAGAGGCGAAGGUGGUGGAGAAGCCUGCAGCAACAACACCAGCUACGUCACCACCAGCACCGGCGGCGGCAGCAGGGGCAGGAGGGGAAGCAAAGGCGGCCAGCAGCACAGACACAGCUGCUUCUGCACCUGCCAGUGCUAGUGCUAGUACUGGUAAGCGCAAACGCGAUGACGAAGAGCAGCAAGUACAAUCUUCCACUGCACCGUCCUCAACAACAGCAGCAUCAGCGGAACCCAAAGCAACAGCCAGCUCAGAAACCGGUUCACCAAUCAAGAAAGCCCGCACAGCCGAUCCCACCCGCAAGGUACCAUCAUCAGAAGGAGACAUGGAUAGCGAAGAUGAAGCAGAAGCUGCGGUUGGUGUUGAUUCUCCCGCUCCCGUCCCAACCGCCGCUGAAGCUAAGAAGCCCGAUGCAGAAGCCACCGAAGCAACACCAGCAGCAGCAGAGUCCGCCAAACCAUCCACAAGCGAAACGAAGGAACCAGAAAAAAAAAUGGAAGUGGACAGCGAUUCCUCCUCCAGCUCCUCCUCUCCUUCUUCCUCCUCCUCAUCCUCCUCUUCCUCCGACGAAGAAGAAGAUCAAGUAAAAUCUCUUCCGUGCCGCAAACCUUCCCCAACACCACCGCAGGCUUCUCAUUCAACCCCUCUCCGCCGCCCCUCCUCUCGCAGCACUAAACCCGAUCCCACUCCCACUCCCACCCCAACCCCCGCCGCAUCGGAAAGAGAGAAAGCCGCGAAACGAAAACAAACCCAAGUAUUACUCAUGCUUCUCACCGAAGUCUCCAAUCAUACUCACGGGAACCUCUUCCAUGCUCCUAUCAAAGAAGCCGAUGCUCCAGACUACUACACACUCAUUCGGCAGCCUCUGGAUAUCAAAACGAUCAAAGCGAAGAUAAAGGAAGGAAGUAUUGGGACAGCGAAACAGUUGCAGAGGGCAUUGAAUCUGAUGUUUGCGAAUAGCUUGAUGUAUAACAGGCCAGGGACGGAGGUUUUUAGGAUGGCGAAUGAGAUGAGGGGGGCUUGUGAGGAUAUUUUUCGUCGGUAUGAGGGUACGCAGCGGUUCUGA